AUGAGGCGGCGGUUGAUCCCCGAGCAGCGGGUGUUGGCGACUCAGGUGGCGAGUGGAACCGGCUCCCCCUACACACUUUCCGGCCACGCGCGCGCGCGCAGCCCCUUUGCGGGCCGACCCGCAGCGCGCGCAGCCACGAACCUGGCGAGCCAGAGCGGUGAGGCCGGCGCCGGCCAGCUGCUGUUCGCCAACUUCAACCAGGACAACACUGACGCGGAAGACGUGUGCAUCGUGGAGAGGCUGUUCUCCAGCAGCCUGGUGGCCAUCGUCAGCCUCAAAGCGCCCAGGAAGCUGAAGGUCUCCCACUUUAAGAAGGGGACGGAGAUCUGUAACUACAGCUAUUCCAACACCAUCCUGGCCGUGAAGCUCAAUAGGCAGAGGCUCAUCGUGUGCCUGGAGAGUUCGCUCUACAUACACAACAUCCGGGACAUGAAGGUGCUGCACACCAUCAGGGAGACGCCCCCAAACCCUGCAGGCCUGUGCGCACUCUCCAUAAACAAUGACAACUGCUACUUGGCUUAUCCUGGGAGCGCGAGCAUCGGUGAGGUGCAAGUCUUCGACACCAUCAACUUGAGAGCGGCGAACAUGAUCCCAGCUCACGACAGUCCCUUAGCUGCGCUAGCCUUUGACGCAAGCGGAAGCAAACUUGCCACCGCUUCUGAGAAGGGGACCGUGAUUAGGGUAUUUUCCAUUCCAGAGGGACAGAAACUCUUUGAGUUCCGGAGGGGAGUGAAGAGGUGUGUGAGCAUUUGCUCUCUGGCUUUCAGCAUGGACAGUAUGUUCCUCUCCGCGUCCAGCAACACUGAGACGGUGCACAUCUUCAAACUUGAGACUGUGAAAGAAAAACCUCCAGAGGAGCCCACUACCUGGACGGGCUACUUUGGGAAGGUGCUCAUGGCCUCCACCAGCUACCUGCCCUCCCAGGUGACAGAAAUGUUCAACCAAGGCAGAGCCUUUGCCACCGUCCGCCUGCCAUUCUGCGGCCACAAGAACAUCUGCUCAUUGACCACAAUUCAAAAAAUUCCCCGGUUACUGGUGGGAGCAUCCGACGGCUACUUGUACAUGUACAACCUGGACCCCCAGGAGGGCGGCGAGUGCGCCCUGAUGCGCCAGCACAGGCUGGACGGCAGCAUGGAGACAACCAGUGAGAUCGUGGACUCCGCCUCCCAUGACUGCCCCUUAGUGACCCAGACGUACGGCACAGCCGCAGCCAAAGCCUACACAGAUGACUUGGGCGCUGUGGGCGGUGCGUGCCUGGAAGAUGAAGCCAGCGCCCUGCGCCUGGACGAGGACAGUGAGCACCCUCCCAUGAUCCUCCGGACUGACUAA